AUGUCGCAAGCCGCCAUUGGCCUCGCCAACGGCACCGUGAUCCUCAUUCGCGGUGACCUCUCCAAAGAUCGAACCACCAAACAAAAAGUAAUCUACGAAGGCGUCGAGCCAAUCACAGGACUCGGUUUCCGCGAGCAAACAAAAUCCACCAUUUUAUUCAUCGUCACAACGACCAGUAUCAUGUCUUACAAUACAUCUGCCAAUAAACCUGCGGUGACGACAUUGGACGAACAAGGCUGCGGUCUGGGAUGUGCCGUCAUGAGCGAAGCGCAAGACAUGGUGGUGGGCCGUGAUGAAGCUAUUUAUCUGUACGAUCCUACAGGUCGUGGCCCAUGCUUUGCCUAUGAUACACCGAAAUCAUCCUUGAUGUGGUUUAAAUCCAACUACCUUGUAAUCGUGUCGCCUCCCGUCACCACUUCAUCGCACCUUUCCUCCGGUACUCGUACCUCGGUCAACUUUAGGACCAACAGCCUAGGCACCAACAGCGAGUUGACAAAGAUUACCAUUUUCGAUACCGCCAACAAGUUUAUUGCUUACACCGAUACAUUUGUGGGUGGCAUUUCUGGCAUUGUGUGUGAAUGGAACGCGGUCUGGAUUGUUACCAGAGAUGGCAAGCUGAUCCGCCUGGACGAAAAAGAUACCCCGACAAAACUUGAAAUCCUAUUCAAGCUUAAUUUGUACGUCCUGGCCAUCAAUCUUGCGCACAUGCAAAAGUACGAUGAUGUAAGCAUUGCCGAGAUUUUCAAGAAAUACGGAGACCAUCUUUACACUAAAGGGGACUACGAUGGUGCCAUGGAACAAUAUAUACGGACUAUUGGCCAAUUGGAACCUUCCUACAUCAUUCGCAAAUAUUUGGAUGCCCAACGAAUCUAUAACCUGACCAACUAUUUGCAAGAGCUGCAUGCCAAGGGACUGGCCAAUGCCGAUCACACCACCUUGUUACUUAAUUGCUAUACUAAGCUCAAGGACGUCUCUCGAUUAGAUCAGUUUAUAAAGACCGAUGCCGAUCUAAACUUUGAUUUGGAGACAGCCAUUAGUGUUUGCCGUCAGGCUGGCUACUAUGAGCAUGCAGUGUAUCUAGCCGAAAAGUUCAACGAGCACGAUCUAUAUCUGGAUAUCGUGAUUGAGGAUAUGCGCGACUAUGAAACAGCUCUCAAUUACAUCCGCACGUUGGGGCCGUACGAGGCGGAUAAGAAUCUACAGCACUACAGUAAAACUUUGCUCAGCCACCUCGCCGAUCAGACAACCGAGCUACUGAUUGAACUCUGUACGGGCACGUUGGUGAAGCCGACGACUGAUGUACCGGCAGCCAGUUCAACGUCGGCCAGUCGCGCUUUGUCGCCUACACCAUCGGUCAAAAACACACGCGCUCUGUCCAACCUUCCUUUUGCAGGAACAGCCGUCGGCGAUCAGUCGCCGUUAUCCGACAGCGGUUCAAAACUCAAAUCUCCUCAUGCUCCAUCGCCCAUCCCAAGUCGUCCCUCGGCGGCAAAGAGCAACGCAUUAAGCUAUGCUGCUCCGUCACCACGUAUAUUCAUGCCUGCAUUUGUCGAUUUACCGGAUCAUUUGAUUUUGUUCCUGGAACGCGUGUUUGAAAAGCGAUGGGCCGUGCCAACCACACCACGUGGACCGACGACAGCGAACGACACCGGGUCGAUUCAGAGUUAUUCAACCAAAGACGACAAAGCGGCCACUUGGUCUGCGCAAGAAAACGAAGAGCGAAAAGCGAUCUGGAACACACUGUUGGAACUAUACCUGUUGGAUGACAAGACCGCCGCGGCUUCCUUGGCGAGCGAUCCAGAAUGCCGGCACAAAGCGCUGGCGUUGCUCAAGGACGAGACAGUUCAAUACGACACGAACCAAGCAUUGGUGUUGUGUCAGCUCAAACAUUUUGAUGAGGGGGUGGUUUAUCUGUACGAAAAGACGGGCAUGUACACGGACAUUCUUCGAUUCUGGAUGGAGAAGGAGGAAACCGAGCGAGUCAUUGAAGGCGUGCGCAAAUACGGACCCAAAGAUCCCUCGCUUUAUCCGAUGGUGCUUACGUACUUUUCUUCCACUCCGGAAAUUCUUUCCAAAUCCACUUCCGAACUGUUAUCGGUGCUUAAUCACAUUGACGAGAAGGAUCUAUUACCACCAAUCCAAGUUGUCCAAGCCUUGUCACGCAGCAAUGUCGCCACCAUUGGAUUGCUGAAAGGAUACAUCGGCAAGAAAAUUGAACAUGAGCGGCAAGAUCUGAAACAGAACGAAGAGUUGAUUGAAAGCUACCGCGAAGAAACCGGGAAACGACGCAAGGAAAUCGAAGAAUUGCAAACCAGCGCACGGAUAUUCCAGUUGGAUAAUGAGGAAGACAGCUUUUCCAUUAUUGCAGACUACUUUUCAAAGAAUACCAUGGCAUUUGCCAGAUUGAUCGACUGA